GAAGACAAUCUUCGAAGAACCACUCAUGAUUUGCUUCGAUGCUAUUAUAUUUUUGGCCAAGCCACUAAGCAGUUAUUCGAUCAUUUUAGAAAAACUUGUAAUGAGGAUGCAUCUAAUGCUAAAGUUAACGAUAGAAUCAUGAAUCAGAUUUCUGUACAAGAUAAGCUUACCGAGACUAACCUUCGAAAAAGAAAGGAAAGGGGUAAAAAGGUUUUCAGACUUUUUAGUAAUGUUGGUGGUAUAGAAGCAAUAGAACGGUUAAAGUCUUUUAAUGCUACUACAAUCUUAAAUCUAUCCCCAGAUGAUGUCGAUUUUCUUAUUGCUAGAUUAAACGAAUAAAUAGUACUACUGCUACAUGUAUUUUGUGCAACUCUUGAUAAUAAAGGGUCCUUUUAGGACUGGCUACGGCCAUUUUUGAUU